AUGAAGUUGCAGCACGGGAACUCAACCAACUGGGCGUCGUCAUCAGUGGCGACAAACCUCGCGCGUUCUACUGCGUCCAGCCUCUCUCUUACAGAUCUCCUGGUCCGCGCCAAUGUCCGGAGAGACAAUCUACUUGCUGUCGUGGGACACCGAACCGCAAUUAUUGUUGGCAAAUGGUUUCCUGCUAUUCGUCACGAAUUUUGUCAGGAUUUCCACGCCAAAUUCCCUCUCGAUCGAUUCUUUAAUCACGGGAACAAAGCUCCUCUUGAUACUAAUGUGUCGUCUGUUGGAAAAGCUACACUUGGCUUGAUUGCUGUGGUCAACAUGUCGGAGAUUUACUUACGUCACUUUAACGACGAGAUUGUGGUCCGUAAGAUAAUGAAAAACGUGCAAGAAGGAUACAUGGGCUUGGAGUUGCCAGAGUACACUAACUCUGUUGCAGAGGCAAUAGUUGAUCGUUAUAGUAGAGGGAUGUCGUUGAGGGAUGUGAUUAAGUUGCUAAUCGGUUCAUUCGACGCGGAGCAUGUGGCUUUGGUGGACGUGCUGGGUGUUCGUGCUCUUCUCGAAUAUUAUCUGGACACCCAGCAACUUACCAUGGGCCUUAACGUGAACGGAGAGGCUGCGAUUCUGGCGGAAGUGACGCACGCCACUGCGUCGUUCUUCACGUCGGAUUUUCUGAUCAAUACCGCUGGGAUGCAUCUAGUCUCGACGAUGCACUUGGCGGCGUUCUGGCAUUGUGCCAUCAAACAUACUACAAUGGCCAAGUCCAUUACAGUCGACGACGUCGAUGCUGCCGCUAUCAAACAGUGCGGGCGUGACGUAUCGGUGAUCGUCCCUACGUUCGCUGUGAACUUGAUGUUUCUAUUCCAGAAAGACGAUCGAGACUAUACAAAGCUAGAUAAUACCACCGUGUACACUCUUGGUCGACGUCGCGAGACUACUGCGGGGUAUAUCGAAUGUCCACGCCAUCUCAGCCAGUUUGGACGCCGUAUGGAUACCUGUACACGCCAGAUUGUCGAGGUCUUGCCGACUCAGUGA